AUGCGAUGCCCGGUACGGCCCCUAGGCUCCGCCCACUCGCCCGCUCUCGGCGACGCCCCGCCCACGCGGCGGUUGCCAAGGGAGCGAGGCGGGGGCGUUGCCAUGGCGACGGGCGGCGGCAAGCGGAGCGCCAUGGCCGCUCACGGCCCUCUCCCCCCGCAGCUGACCCCCCCCCCCCCAACCCCGCACAGCCGGUGCAGCCAGAGAGCCCCGAGCACGGCGGAGGAUGAGAUCCUGUCUGGGCAGAGCCGGAGCCUGCAGCAGCCAAGCAGCCCCAUCGUGAUCCUUCAGGAUGUGCAGUCUGCCCCCAAAGCCUCCCUCAUCAGCAAGCACAAACCCAAGACCACCCGUCUCAUCACCAAGAACUUCAUCCAGAAUGUUGUCAUCCCUACGGAGAAGCCAGAAGCAUCCCUCAUCAUCAGCCAGGGGGAUUUCCAGCGCAUUCAAGCAGCAGCUCAAGUCCUGACCAAGGAGGAGCGUAAGGCCAAGCUUGCAGCCCUCAAAGCAGAGAAGGAAGCUGCUCUUGAGGCUGCGAGUGAGCGCAAGAGCAUGGCAAAGGCCAGGGCUGCCCAGCCAAUGGAGAAGCUGAGCGAGCUGGAAGAGGAGGCAAGGGAGAGGGCCAACAACCUCCUGCAGCGGGCAAACAGGAUGCGCAUGGAGCAGGAAGAUGAGAUCAAGGAGUUCAGCAGGAUUAUCCUGGGUGCCAAGUGCCACAUGAUCCGUGAUGCACAGAUCCUGGAGAAGAAGGUCAUUGCAAAAGAGAUGGAGGAAGAGGAGAAGCGCCUGGACAAGAUGAUGGAGGUGGCGAGGAACAAGGCCAAUGAGAUGCAGGAGGAACUGGAGCGCAGGAGGAAGCAGGAACUGGCCAGAGGGAGGCAGGAGCUUGUAAAGCAGAUUGAGAGGAAUAUGGAUGAGCGGGCUAUGAGAGCUGAGCAGCAGCACCAGGAAGUACAGGAGAUGCUGGAGUACUUGGAGCGACUGAAGAGGGAGGACCAGGAGGAGCUGGAGCGGAAACAGGAGCAACAGAAGAAAAUCCAGGCUGAGAUUAAACGCAUCAACGACGAGAUCCAGAAAUACAAGGAGGAGCAGCGGGAGCAGGAAAGGCUGGAGGACGAGAAGGUGCUGGAGUACCAGAGAGAGAAAAUGGAGCGCGAGGCCAAGCUGGAAGCCGAGCAGGAGAAAAUCCGCAAGGAGAAGGAGAUGGAGACAGCGCGCUUGAGGGCCAUGCAGGAACGGGCCCGGGACGAGCAGGCAGAGCAGGAUGCGCUGAGGGCCAAGCGCAGCCAAGAAGCGGCAGAGCGGGAGUGGAGGCGGAAGGAGAAGGAGGCAGCGCGGAGGAGAGCGGAGACAGAGGAGCUGCUGAGGCAGAGCCGGAGGGAACAGAUCGCCCAACGGGAGCACGGAAUGGCCGUGCAGGUGCAGCAGGACCGCCAGGAGUUCGAGAGGAUCCUCAGAGUCCAGCGGGAGCAGAUGGAGAAGGAGAAGGCAGAGGAAGCGUUAAAGGCCAGGCUGAGGUUGGCCCACGCUGAUGAGGUCCGGCGCCAGGUGCGGGAGCGGCAGCAGCAGUUGGUGCGGGAGCGAGCGGCCGCCUUCGAGGAGAGCCGGCGGCUGCAGGAGGAGGCUCAGCAGCGCAGCCAACGCAUCGCUCAGCUCAAGCAGCAGAAGAUGCAGGAGCUCAGAGCCACCGGCAUACCUGAGAAGUACUGUGCCCAAGUGGAGCGGAGGGCCUGGAGCCAAGCGAAAAGCACCCCUGGCCAGACUCAGCCCCAUGAGGAGCUGAGCUCCUGUUCCUCAGCAUCUUAA